AUGGAUCCCGCCGCUGCGGACCAGCCGUGUGUCAUCCAGGCGCUCCCGGCGAACUGCAACACCCUCCCGCCGCCCCUGGUCCAGGCGCUCCCGGCCCAGCACUCCCCGGCCAAGACCAACAACACGCCGCCCUCCCCCGUCGCCAAACGCCGCCCCGCUCCUGCCCCGCUGGGCCCGGCGCCGCCGAGCCCGCGCGGCACCCGCUCGGGCGGCGCGCCGGAGUGGACGCCCGCCGAGACGCUCGCGCUCGUCGCCCAGGUCGCGGCCGUGGACGACGGUUGGUCCCGCUCCGUCUCCGCGUUCCAGAAGUGGGCCAUGGUCGCCGAGAACCUCGCUGCGUCCGAGGCCUUCGCCGGGGAGUGCCGCCGCCGCUGGGAGGCGCUGGCGGCAGAGUACGGGGCCGUGCGCCGCUGGGAGGUGCGCACCGGGGGAACGUACUGGGAGAUGGGCGCGGCGGUGCGGAGGAAGGCUGGCCUUCCUGCGGAGUUCGACGCCGAGGUGUAUGGGGCCAUGGACGCGCUCAUACGGGUCGAGGAGGCGCUGCUUGCGGAUGCCGCUGGCGGUGCCGCGGGUGGGGAGGAGGUGGAGGGCUUGGUUGCCGGCGGUGCCGGCGUCGAGGUGGGUGUGCAGGACGGCGGUGACUCCGGUGAAGCUGAGGUUGGAAAAGAGCAGGUGCAGGAGGAUGCAUCUGCGGGACAGGAGGAGGAGGAGGAGCCACAGGAAGAGAAGGAGGAGGAGGAAGACCUCGAUGAGGAUGGAGAAGAAAUGCAGGAGGAUGGGGGCAAUGCUGAUGCUUCAAAUGACUUGGAAGGGCAAGAGACCGGGACAAGUAUUGAACCCAACAAAAGCCAAAAUAUUGCAUGGGAGCUGGCAAACAAGUUACACGAGAACGCGCAGCGUAUCCACACCAUACUGAAUGAAGAGGCUGACCAAGAUGGUGGCCAGAACCAUGCUCUUGGUGGUUUGAUGCUGCCUGAUGCAAUGGAGGCCACCCGCCAAAAAGCCGAUGAGCUGAUCAAGUCGCUAGGCGGGCUUGUCAGCUACCUGAACCAAUUCACCGAGCUGGUCAAGGAAACUGGGUUCGAGAACAUCGCCGGUAUGACCUGA